AUGGUCACCUUUGAUCCGCCCUUGUGGCUGCAGGUGUGUGUGGUGUGGGGGCAUACGGGCAUGCGGGCAUGGCCGUGGUGCUGUGCCACUGACACUCCAGGCUCACCCGCACCCGCACCCGCACCCGCACCCGCACCCGCACCCGCACCCGCAGCGACAAGCUUGGAUCCUUGAACUGCUGCGCAAACACCAACCAAGCUCGGUGAGCACUGCACUGCACGUCCGCCUGUGUCAUUCACAUUGUCCCUCCAGCAUCCCUGCUCACCACGCGCGCGCACAGAUCGUCGAUGUCGGCUGCGGCGAAGGCAGCCUGCUCUCCGCUCUCUGCCGACCACCGCUGCAACGAGACGUCUUUCCACUGCACCCAUUCCCCAGCCUGACUCGUGGCGCUUGUCCUCUGCCAUCGCACCACUGGAUCUACUCGGAUGCAGACCUGAGCUGCUUGACCUCGCUCAUCGGCGUCGACAUCGAUGCGCGCGCUCUCGCAGCCGCAAGGACAGCCAUACUCGCCGCGCAAGGCUAUCGUCCCAUGCCUCGUUGGAUCCCCUUCACUGUUCACCUGCUACACGCCUCCUUCGACACGCUGGACCAUAGACUCGUCGGCUGCGAUGCCAUCGUCGCGACAGAAGUGUGCGUGUGUCUGUCACCUUUGCAUUCCCCUCCAGCGCAGCCAGCCCAUCUCAACCACCUGUCCACUGCCGCAGCAUUGAGCAUCUCGCAGACAUUAGCAAAUUCGCACCGAUCCUAUUGGGCAUGUACAAGCCCAAGUUGCUCAUCAUCACCACGCCAGACUACAAUUUCAACGUCAAUUUCCACCCCGAGCUUGGAGCAGGAGGCUUUUCUGAUCCUACAGGUCGAACUGACCGACGCUUCCGACACGACGAUCACAAAUUCGAGUGCGUACAGCGGUGAAAUCAGCCCGCAACGUCCGCGCGCUCUGCUCACGAUUCCCUCACUCGCCCUUGCAGAUGGACAUCACAAGAAUUUCAGCAGUACUGCAAUGGUGUCGCCUCUGAGCACGGUUACACCGUCAGCUUUGGUGGUGUGGGCUCUGUGGGGCCUACCUCACCCGAGGAUUCCCCAUUCGCGACUCAAGGCGCCAUCUUCGAACGCGGCCAUCAACUCACCUCUCGAGAUACGCUCCAACAAGAAAGCCCAAGCGAAUGCGGCUUGCCCGCAUUCUUAUUUCCCCAAAGCUCGACUGCAUCACAUCACGAACCAGGUGGCGCUUUGACGACCUUUUGGACGCGACGCUUCGAUUCGCACACCCAACGAACCAUCUGUCACGAGGAGCAAGAUAAAGUGGAAAAAUUGCGCGUCGUCAAGUCCGCAGUGUUGCAGUUCUUUGCCGAAGAGGCCGAAGCACCCGUCUUGAGCGCAAAGGCUUCUCAUAUCACAGUAUCCCGUCUGCUCCUUUGGAGCGUUUGGAUUGACGAUCCCAUUCGCGCGCUGUGCGGAGGGCGAGUGGGUGUGCUGAUCGACGCAUUGCAGCUGCUCCCGUCGUCAGACGUCGGACUUUUGGAUUUCCAACUACAGCCUAAUCACAUUGUGGUCGCCUCGGAUGGUAGCCACUUGCAUCUGAUCAUCGCACCCUUGGGCGAAGGAGAUGAAGAAAAUUUCGACUUGUGGCUAUACCGCUCGGGGGCAGCUCAGCCGCCUACAGAAGCGUCAGAGUGGACCUAUGAGACUGACUGA